AUGUCUACACAAGAGGGCACUAGCUUUGAUGGCAUGCUAAGUCACAGAAGGAGGUAUAGCUUCCACCCACUCAGCAAGUUUCCUGGACCGAGACUGUGGGCCUUUACAAGAAUCCCGCAUCACAUCAGUACGUGGAAAGGCGUACGCAACCAAUCCGUGAGAGAACUGCAUAACAAAUAUGGCCAUGUUGUGAGGAUCAAUCCAGAUGAAUUGAGCUUCACCGACCCGAAUGCAUGGAAAGAUGUCUAUGGACAUGGCACCAAGGGAACGACGGGAUCUGUUCCACAUAAAAACUGGGCCACGUAUGGCCAAUCGCCCAACGGAGUCAAAAAUCUCCUUCAGGCUCGCGACAACGACCACAGUCGAAUGCGCAAGAUCUUCACGCCUGCAUUCUCUGAUCGAGCUCUCAAGCAGCAAGAACCGCUUUUCGUACGAUAUGCCGACCAACUAGUCUCGAGACUGCUAGAGGGCACAGAGGCAAACCCCGAUCAGAAGUGGGACAUGGUCAAAAUGUAUAACUUUACCACCUUCGAUGUCAUGGGCGACCUCACCUUUGGUGAACCACUUCACAUGCUCGACAACGCGGAAUACGAUCCCUGGGUGAAGGUCAUCUUCUCGAGUAUCAAAUACUCGGCCAAGCUUGGCAUACUCAAGAGUUAUCCAAGGCUAUGGCGUGCGUUCAAGACUCUCGUGCCAGAGACUGGAAACAAAAAGAGGAUCAAUCACUUCCUGCAUUCGGUCACACGAGUCACCAAGCGACUCGAAAAGGGCCGUGAGCACGAAGGCGUGGAUCUGUGGGAUCUUGUGUUGAGCCAGAAAGAAGGAAAGGGGUUGAGUCGAGGCGAAAUGGACGCCAACGCCUCUCUCUUCAUGCUUGCAGGUACUGAGACCACCGCGACAUUAGUGUCAGGCUUGACAUACUUUCUCCUGACAAAGCCCGAUAUGAGAGGAGUCACUCGCUCCGAGUGUAUGAAGAAGCUGGCCGGUGAGAUCCGUGGUACGUUCACCAGCGCAGACGGCAUGACGAUGGAACGACUUGCUGCUCUGCCCUACCUUGCAGCUUGCAUCAAGGAAGCGUUCCGCUUGUACCCCCCAGUUCCAUUAGAGAUGCCAAGGAUCACGCCGAAAGAGGGCAGUACGAUUCUCGGCCAAUUUGUUCCGCCUAACACUGCUGUCGCCAUCCCGCAGCAUGCAACGUAUACCCACAAGAAAAACUUCAAGAUGCCAAUGGAGUAUAUUCCGGAGCGAUGGCUCGGUGACAGCAGGUUUGACAGCGAUGAGAAGCUCGCACUGCAACCAUUCUCAGUGGGUUCGAGGGAUUGUGUGGGCAAGAACUUGGCCAACCACGAGAUACGUCUUAUCAUUGCAAAAGUUAUAUACAGCUUCGACCUUGAGCUAGCGCCCGAGAGCAAUGAAUGGACGGACCAACUGACUUUCAUUUUGUGGGAGAAGAAGCCGCUGAUGUGCAAGCUGCAUGCGGUGAAGUGA